UCUACGAUUUCUCUUUUGAACUCUUGUCAGCUUUUGGAGACAAAUAGUUUUACAUGAUUAGAUGCAACGGUUGCUUGUAGCAGCUAACGGUUGGCGUUACAAAUCAGUUAACAUUUAUCUUGCUGGCCGUUGAAAGUAGAUUACAAAUUCUUAGGGCAAUUUCGUUGUAAGAUGUGGAGAAAAAAAAAGGGAAAUCUGAUGGUACCAUUUGGAUAGUAAAACUAUUUGAGAAUCAUUCGCUUUGAACGGACAGCAAUCGAUUGGUGAGAAAUGGAUCACGUUCAGAUUUUCAUUUUUUCCCAGCUUGAUUUAGGUAUCGAAUUACCAUCAACAUCCAACCGUUAUUCCCGAUUCCUUUUGUUGUUCUUUUUGUUUGGAAAGCGAAUCCUGUUUGAUGUAUUUCACGAGCACGUUUCGACACUUGUGCAAUUCAAGAGAAAGCAAACUGCAGCCAUAUUUUAAGUCAUACUUAAGGACGACAUUUCUAAACAUCAUCUUCUACGUCGUAAUUGGCCACGAGUUUUUGUCCUUUCCAUCUCGUGUUUUGUUUAGGGGGGAAAGCCAUAAACCAAAACUAUACUUGAACGGAGGUAUUUAAUAAAAGUGCUCUGUCGUGCGUAAAGUGGGCUCAUCGAAUGUUGAAUACGCCACACAAAAAAAGGCCAAAUAUCGAAUGAAAAAUGCUGCCUCGUGUGACCCUCUUUGCUUUUGAAGAUGAUCUGGUAACAUUCACGUUCGUCGAGCCUAAACUGGGUGCACUAAACACCCCAGCACCGUCAAAAGUUGCAGUGUGAUAUAUGUUUGGUCAUCCAGUGAGAAACGGUUGUUUGUGCUCUCUGAAUCCACCGUGAUGACAAACACAAAAAUUGAACGAGUCCGGCCAUUUGACUGAAGAAAAAAAAAAAAGACGUUCCGUAGAAAAGAUGGAAACAAAUGUGAAAUCUCAUCGUACGAAAUCCGUCCUCACUUUCUCGGGUACCAGGUGAAAGCGUUGAAAUCGCACAUCAUCCUAAUUCAAUUAGGUCUCUAUACAAACUAUUGAAGAACAUUUGAAACGGCCAAAGUGAGGCAAAGAAGUCGGCGUUCAGGAAGACAAAUCACGAACAAACAAAACGCUUCUCUUAAUUUUAAUUUUUUGCAUAAAUAGACCACCAUAAUGUUUUGAUCCUGUUUAACGGUUGUAUAGGUAGACCAUCAUUCAGCAUCAGCAGCCAAGCGUUUAAGCGGGUGAUGUAAUCUUUUCUCUUCUUAAAUCAUUUUUGGCCCGUUCCAAAAACUAUCGAACAAUAAACAGGUAAAGUAAAGAGCACCAACAAGUGGACGUUCCCAGGUGUGUGUGUGGUUGUGUCAUAUUUGCACGGGUCUUUUAGUUGUUGUGCUUAGGCGGCAUCACAUUUUAAGACCAACACAGACUCUCUCUCUCCUCCUCAUCUGAUUUUAUGGUGGCCUACAAACGAAAUUGUUGUAGAAGAGAAGAAAAGGUCCGGUGAAUUCUUUGGCGUUUCUAGGGACGAUGAAGAAAGAAAGAAGAACAACAAAAGUGGACGAGAUUCGGCUGGCGUAUAUAAAGCCAUGGGUAGCAGUCAUCGUAGUCAUCAUUCGUUCAUUGCUCGUCUUCUGCUGAUGUUGUUAGCUUGUGCCAAUCAUCCAGCGGAGAUCCAAUAUAAUCAACGUAUCAUGUUCAAGUUCCUAGUGAUUGGCUGCUUCGUCUUGGCAGUCGUCCAUGGCUUCCAGCAGCAUCCGGAUUCCGGCCAUAGAAGAACAUCAAAGCGCAGCGUCGAAUCCCAAGGUACCCCGUUAUUUGGCGUAGGUCCAGACGGCGAUUUCGCCGAUCGAUCCGGAAGUUACGGCGGUGUGCAGCCAGCUGGUGGAGUCACUGGCGGCUACGGUGGACAAUCAUCCGCCGGAGGCGCAGAGUACGGAGGAUCGGCCAUCGGCCAGGCCACGGGCGCUGGCUACGAUUCAUCGCCAUCGUCGGCUGGCGCAUCACCGUCUUCAGGAUCCAGCGACGCAGGUUACGGAGGUCAGCCGUGGACUCCUGUUCAACAGUCUCCCGGCGGAUAUGGAGGAGGAGCAUCCAGCCAACAGCAAGGGGAUUUUUCGAGUGGCGGAGUGAGUUACGGAGUAGCCGAAGUGAUCACGGUGCCAAACAUUCCUGAACCCGCCGACAGCUACGGCGGUGCCGAACAAGGUUUUGCCGGAUCGCCCGCCUCGUCAGGUGCGGGAUACGGAGAUGCGGCGGCUGUAGGACCGUCCCCCGAUGAAGGAUAUGGCGCUCCUUUACCUCCUUCGUCGGAUGGUUACGGGGGAGGCUCUGCGUUAUUCGAAGAACCUUUGGCACCGGCCGAUGGGUACGGCGGAGCACCGCAACCUCUUUUCGCCCAACCUCAGAUUCAAUCUGGCGGCGGCGGAGGCGGUUACGGAGGUGGAUCCAGUUACGGCGGUAGCCCAUCGCAAGGACCCGCAGCCCCGUCAGGUUACGGAGGAACCGAAAGCCAACAAGGAGGAGGCGCGUACGGAUCGCAGCCGCAAAUUCAAGGACCUUCGCCUCCUGCCGGCGGCUACAGCGGCGGAUCGAGCCAACCAGAUGGCGGACAAUGGCAGGUACCAUCGGCUCCAUCAGGCGGCAGUUACGGAGCAGCAGGUCAACAAGGUCAGCAAGGAGGAGGAGGAUAUGGCGGAGCAGCACAAUCUCAGGCACCAGCCCAGGGAUCGUUUCCGUCUUCCGGCAGCUACGGAGGUGGAUCGAAUCAACAGGCGGCCGGAUUCCAACACGGUGGUCAGUCGCAAGGGCCAGUUCACGUGCCGACGACAGUCCCAUCUGGCGCAAAUUACGGUGGUGGAUCGAGCCAGCAAGGCGGCGGAGGUGGAGGUGGAGGCUACGGCAACGCAGGUCAACCGCAGGCCCCACUUGCAAGGCCUUCCAUUCCUUCCGGCGGUUACGGAGGUGGAUCGAGCCAAGGCUCAUCUGGCGCUGGUCACUCUUCAGCUCCCGUAGGCGGUUACGGAAGUGGAAGCCAACAAUCAGGUGGAUAUGCUCAGUCACAAGGAUCACAAGGAUCACCAGCUGCCGGUGGAGCUUACGGUGGCGGAAGCCAGCAGCCAGGAGGCGGAUACGGUGGCGGAAGUCAGCAACCAGGAGGCGGAUACGGUGGCGGAAGUCAGCAGCCAGGAGGCGGAUACGGUGGCGGAAGCCAACAGCCAGGAGGCGGAUACGGUGGCGGAAGUCAGCAGCCAGGAGGCGGAUACGGCGGCGGAAGCCAACAACUAGGAGGCGGUGGCGGAUACGGCGGCGGAAGUCAACAGCCAGGAGGCGGCGGCGGCGGAUACGGUGCUCCAUCGCAAGCACCGAUUCCUUCAGCUCCAUCUGUUGGAAGUUACGGUGGCGGAAGUCAAUCAGGAGGCGGAUACAAUGCUGGUCAAUCGCAGAUAUCUGCACAGAGACCUUCAGCUCCUUCCGGUGGAUACGGAGGUGGAUCGAGCCAGCAGUCAGGCGGAUACGGAGGUGGAUCGAGCCAGCAGGCAGGUGGAUACGGAGGUGGAUCGAGCCAGCAGUCAGGCGGAUACGGAGGUGGAUCGAGCCAGCAGGCAGGUGGAUACGGAGGUGGAUCGAGUCAGCAGUCAGGUGGAUACGGAGGUGGAUACGGAGGUGGAUCGAGUCAGCAGGCAGGUGGAUACGCUGGCGGAUCGCAAGGUCAACAUGGAGCUGGAUUUGGUGGUGGCGCCUCGUCGCAAAGACCAUCAGCUCCAUCUGGCGGCAAUUAUGGCAGCCAACCAGGCGGAAGCGGAUAUGGUGGAAAUCAACAGCCUCAAGGUGCAGCACAGAGACCAGUGGCUCCUUCCGGUGGUUAUGGAGGUUCUGGAUCUCAAGGGGCUCUAGGUGGAGGCGGAUACAGCCAGUCGCAAGGAUCUGUUCAGGCGCAAAGACCUUCACUUCCUGGAGGGGGCGGCUACGGCGGAGCACCUAGCCAGCCAGCAGGUGGAUACGGUGGGUCGCAAUCGCAAGGAGCUAUCCAGCGACCGUCAGUUCCAUCUAGCGGAUACGGUGGCAUCCAAUCCCAAGGAGCAGUUCAGAGACCAGCAUCAUCAGCUGGUGGUGCCAAUUACGGCGGCCCAUCGCAAAUAUCCAGCCAAAGACCAUCGGCUCCAUCCGGAGGCGGUUACCCUGUCCCGACACCAGGAGCAGCAGCGCAAAGGCCUUCUGCUCCUUCCGGCGGCUACGGUGGCGCCAGUCAACAAGGCGGCGGAUACGCCGCUGUGGCGCAACGACCCGUUCAACGACCUUCAGUUCCGUCGGGAGGAAAUUACGGCGGUGGAGGCGGUCAGCAAGGAGGCGGAUACGGUGGUCAACUUCAAAGACCAGCGGCCCCAAGACCAUCAGCGCCAUCAGGCGGUAGUUAUGGCGGCGGUAGCCAACAAGGAGGUGGAUACGGCGGUGCUGCGGCCCAAAUUCAGCGACCUUCUUCCGGAUCUAGUUAUGGCGGCGGCGGUGGAGGAGCAGCAGCUCCACGUCCUGCUCCACGUCCUUCCGCUGGAUACGGAGGAGGAGUUUCAACAAACUUCAUCGCCAUCGCACCAGCUCCUUCCGGUGGAGGCGGUUACGGCGGUGGAUCACAGUCUCGUCCAUCAGCUGCUAGUGGAUCCAGUUACGGAGCAUCAUCUCACGUCGCAGUUCAAGUAGCUCCAUCUAGAGGAAAGGCCACAGCAGGUGCAGUUGGUUACAGUUUCCUGCCUCCCGCCACAGUUUCCCUGGACGCUCCGUUCGUCCCAUCGGCCCUCAUUUCGUCCAGCGGAUACGGUCGCUAAUUUGAAGUGUGUCAUUGGAAGUCAUCAUCUUCUGUCGAAUGAAUAUUCUUUACCUGCUGAUUUUAAAAAUCGACUUCUCAUCAAGCUAAUGUCCUUUGUGCAUCAUCGCUCCACUUCCUCUUCCGUCUCCAUGUCUCUCAACUGGCAGCGUUUGUCUCGUCAGUUUCUGGCCGACGUGACGAGUCAACGGCACCUUUACGACAUACGAAAAAACAUUGAGCACAAUUAUUUUUAAGCACCCGCAGAUUCGAUUAGUCGAUUCAAAAACUAAAAUCGAUCGCCCUCAUUGAUGUGUGUAUCAUUUUCCUACGGUUCUACGUCACAAUACAAACGACAUUCGAAAACA